CCACAGGCGGGACCGACAUCCGGCGAGUACGUCGUGCCGGCCCGGGCGGAGGCCGCCAUGGUGCGGUUCAAGCACAGGUACCUGCUCUGCGAAUUGGUGUCAGACGACCCUCGCUGUCGCCUAAGUCUAGAGGACCGAGUGCUGGGUGGCCUUUUUCGGGACACGAUUGCCAGGAUACACGGGACUUUCGGCGCAGCCGCCUGCUCGAUCGGUUUCGCGGUUCGAUACCUCAAUGCCUAUACUGGAAUAGUGCUACUUCGAUGCCGAAAAGAAUUCUACCAACUUGUGUGGUCAGCUCUUCCUUUCAUCACAUACUUGGAGAACAAAGGACACCGUUACCCUUGUUUUUUCAACACCUUACACGUGGGAGGUACAAUUAGGACAUGUCAGAAGUUUCUGAUUCAGUACAACAGGAGACAGUUGUUAAUCUUGUUACAUAACUGCACUGAUGAAGGACAGCGAGAAGCUAUCCAGAAGUCUGUCACAAGGAGCUGUUUACUAGAGGAUUCUGGUGAGGAAGAGCUUUCAGACAAUGGUGGUGAAGAGGCUGCUGAAGCAAUGGAAUGAACUUCUGCUUGCCACAAAGGUGGCUACUGUGUCCAGGCCCACUUAUGGAAACAGAACAUUCUAGGAGGCAGCAGCAUCUACAGUUCUCCAAACUGGAAGACUACCAACCAGAAGACAAGUGACCAGUGCAAAAUGGAGAACUUAAUUAAGUUGCCUUUAACAUCCCUUGGCUCAUUGGUUCUGCAGAUUGUAAAGGCUCUGUAGUUACAUUUCUGUACCUAAUUGCUUGGUUGACAUCAGGUUAAAUAUAUUUAACUUUUAUAGCAUUUAGCAUAAAUUACAAAAAGGGGUUAUAGAAUUCAUGUAUGGCCAAGUCUCCCCAUCUACAGCCUGACUGACUGUAGAUGAAAGACUGACUCCCUCUGUGGUAUUUUUUUUUUUAAAUACUUAGCAUUCCUUUGAGGCUUUGUACUCUCAACCCCCAAGCUGGAUCUUAAGCAAAAUAAAUCAUCUGGAAUAAAAAUUUUAAGACACAGCAACUAAACUUUAUACAGAUCUAUAGCUAAUCUAAUCUGGGCUUUAUAAAUACCAGAUUCCUUCCCAAUAUUUCAUCAGGUGACUUGAUAAGAAAUGCAGCUUUUGCACUUAGGGAUUGGGGGACUGGCUUCACUUGCCCUCAUUAUUACAUGGUCCUGGAGCAUGUGCCAAAUUCAGUUAGUUCUCUGCAGUUCUACUCUUUUUUUGUGGCCUUAAACCUAAAGCCAACACUGCCACACUCAUAGGAAUUAGGAUGGGUAAAAGCCUUGUGACCACAUUUAGCCUGCUACCUCCUAAUGACAUCCCCAAGGAUCUCUUGUCUCCAUAAUAAAAGGAUGUAGAACUUUUUUUCUUCUUGGUACCAGGGAUUGAACUCAGGGGUGCUUACCCACUGAGCCACAUAUAUAGAGCUUUUUUAAAAUUU